AUGGCAAACUACACAGAGGUGAAUGAAUUCAUCCUUUUGGGCCUAACCAAUCUGUGGGGGCUUCAAGGCUUCCUGUUUGUUCUUUUCUUGAUACUCUACAUGAUCAGUCUUCUGGGAAAUGGCACCAUUGUGGCUAUUGUGGUGAAUGAACCCCAACUUCAGACUCCUAUGUACUUCUUCCUAGGAAACCUCUCCUGCUUGGAUAUAUUCUACUCUACAGUUACCGUGCCUAAGAUGCUGGCUGGCUUCCUCUCAGGGAACCAGGCCAUAUCCUUUGCAGGCUGCCUGGCCCAGCUUCACUUCUUCCACUUCCUGGGCAGCAGUGAGGCCAUGCUGCUGGCUGUCAUGGCCUAUGACCGCUAUGUGGCCAUCUGCAACCCACUGCGGUACACAGUGGUUAUGAACCAAUGGUUCUGCCUGUUGCUGGUAGUCAUCACCUGGGCCACUGGUUUCCUGCAUGCCCUGAUACAUUUGGUCAUGACCUCCCAGCUGCACUUCUGUGGCCCCAACAAUGUCCACCACUUCUUCUGUGACAUAAAGCCUCUACUGCGGCUGGCCUGCAGUAGCACUAGCCUCAACUUGAUCCUUCUUAAUACUAUGACUGGGAGCCUUGUCUUGGCUCUUUGUCUUCUCAUGCUCCUCUCCUACCUCUACAUCAUCUCUUUCCUCCUAAUGAAAUUGAAAUUCCAGGAAAACAGAAAAAAGACCUUUUCCACAUGUGCCUCCCAUGUCAUGGUAGUGACUUUGUAUUAUGGGACUGCAGCCAUCACUUACCUGUGUCCUUCACUGGAUUCCAUGGCAGAAGAGAUGAUUGUUACUCUUAUGUACAGUGUGGUCACUCCAGCUCUCAACCCCCUUAUUUACAUCCUGAGGAACAAUGUGGUGAAAUCUGCCAUGAGAAAAGUCAUAGGCAGAAUUCUAUUCCCUGAAAGAAUGUGA